AAAGGUUCAGGGAAGCACACAAUUCUUUUAGUAUAGAAAAGGGAGCCAUGGAUAUUCACCCUGAAGCUGAAUUGUAGUGCAAUACAACAACUACAUUUUCCAUAAUUUUCAUUAACAUUCAUCAAGAAGAGCUAUUCUCUGCAAGGCUAGCAUGACCAUCGGAGAAAAAACCAGGGAGGGUGUUCAAAAUGCUGGACACGAGAAUGCAAACACUGAAUCCCCUGUAGUUCCACCAGAAGCAACGGCAGAUGAGAUGUUUGAUGAUUUUCUUAAACAGCUAUGGAAUGAGGAUGAUAUUUUACCACUGGGAGAUGAUGUUUUCGAUGGUCUUUUACAAGCAAAUGACUCAAAUCCUCUGGAUGAUGUAUUACUAGAAGUUCUUAAAGAGAUGGAAGAAGGAGAAUUGAGAGAAGUGGUGGCAGAUACUCCAUCACAGAGUGUCACAAAAGACGCAACUUCAACUGUGCCAUUUGCCACAAAUUCAUCUGAGACGGGGAAUGUAGAAGAUGAACUAGGAGGCAAAAUGGGUGUAGUGAAUCCAAUCCCCCCAUCAGAAAACUGUUCAAAUUCCAGUUUUUCAUUUCCUCAAAGCAACCCAAAUGCAUGGAAUCAGCCAAGUGGAAUGAAUAACACCACAGUUGGAUUUGGUAAUCUGAUUUUCCCUGAUACAGCAGAAAACUCACUGAAUCAAUUUCAAUCACCAAGCUUCCCAAUGCUUACUUGUGGUAGUAGUAGCAGCAGCAUUCACCAACCAUUUCCAAAGCCCCUUCAGUUCCAAGCCAUUGGAAUCACUAUACGAGGUACGCCUGCAAUGAAGCAUCGAUGUAAUCAGGGACUUGUUUCCCCUCCUCCACCAUCUCUCACCGAUUUUCAUAGCUUCGUGUGUGCAUGGCAGGGAUGUUUGAUUGGAAAAGUCUACUCGAAUCGUGAAUCCCUUAAUGUGGCAAAGGCAGUGAGGAAACCAACGUCACCUGUCACGCUUGCUGCUGAUUGGAGGAGUACCCUGAGGAUCGUCUGCUUCUUACCCACAAAGACUGUGAACUAUACAUUGAAGAUUUGUGGCGGAGCAAUUGAUUAUGUGUUCUUUCACAUAACUGAAUUCAACAACCUUGACGUGUACGAGCAUCUGAGCAAAAAGAAAGUGUGUGCAAAAGUUGAACUCCCUUCAGAGACUAUAAUCUUAUCUGCAACCGAAAGCAAAUAUCACUUCUUAGGAACAAUUAUUCCAAGGGAUAUAGUAUUUAUUCAACCCGUCUAAGUUUGCAUUUUGGUUCCAAAAGAGCGAAAACAGACCAAAAUCAUGGACAAAAGGUUCAAAGAGCUGUAGUAAAACAGAAGGGCAUGAAAUCACAGAAAGAGAUGAUGAUGCAACUGCAUCGUAUAAUGAAAUUGAGGAUAAAUAAAUACAAAUCAGUA